ACUUUGGUGGGAAAUAUGCUCAUCAUCCUGGCUAUCCGCUCCGAUCCUAAACUCCAAAACCCCAUGUAUUUCUUCCUGAGCACCUUGUCCUUUGCUGAUAUUUGCUACACGACAGUUAUAGUCCCCAGGAUGUUAGUGAACUUCUUAUCGGAGACAAAGACCAUUUCCUAUGCUGAAUGUCUGACCCAGAUGUAUUUUUUCCUGGUCUUUGGAAACAUAGACAGUUAUCUCCUGGCAGCUAUGGCCAUUGACCGCUAUGUGGCCAUUUGUAACCCCUUCCACUAUGUCACUGUGAUGAACCACAGACGUUGUAUAUUGCUACUGGUCUUCUCUGUAGCUUUCUCCUGCCUCCACUCCCUCCUACAUGUCCUCCUGGUGAAUCGGCUCAUGUUCUGUGCAUCAAACGUUAUCCAACAUUUUUUCUGUGAUGUCAACCCUGUUCUAAAACUGGCCUGCUCUUCCACUUUUGUCAAUGAAGUUGUGGCCAUGACAGAAGGGACGGCUUCUGUGAUGGCCCCAUGUAUCUGCAUCGUCAUCUCUUACCUAAGAAUCUUCAUUGCUGUCCUCAAUAUUCCCUCAGCGGCUGGAAAAUGCAAAGCCUUCUCCACCUGCAGCUCCCAUCUCACCGUGGUGACUCUGUUUUAUGGGAGUAUUAGCUAUGUCUAUUUCCACCCAUUGUCCAGGUAUGCUGUCAAG